CGCGACAGCUACCACGCAACUUCGCAAUGCGGUGCACACUACGGACAUGUCUCCGUCGCACGCCACUAUAACAAAGGACUCACACACUACGCCGCCGUCAAGUUUCGCAACCCGUCCUCUAACGCCGCCGCCGACCGACGAGAAGCCUUUCGCGCAAGCCCCUCGAGUUAUCGCGCUUUUCAAAGAGAUCCGGGCUGGAAGGCACGUCAAGCGAGAGCCGUGGACCGAGUUUCAGCUUUCGGCAGGAGAAUACGAUGAGAUAGAGCGUCAACUGGAGCGGGACGAGGACUUGCUAGGAUACGUCAAAGACAAGAUACGGUAUGAUUACAGCACAGAGAGUGAUCGUUUGGUCGUCCGCAUGCCGACGGCCGUGCACCAACUGUUUGUGGCUCGCAUUGAAGAUGCCAUAUUCAGCCAGCUGAAAUCGAUUCGUGAAGGCCUGGGUGCCGCGGCGAGUUUUGCCCAGAAGGUGUACCCAGCUCGUUCUACAGAAGUACACUUUCCAGUAUACGACACCAUCACCGGCAGAAAUUCGAAGCACGAGCCCGAUGCGUCUUUCUGGCACGACGACGCGAAGUACCCUGGAGUUGUGAUCGAAGUGGCAUAUUCACAGAAGAAGAAGAGGCUAGGCCGGCUAGCUGAAGACUAUCUGCUUGAUUCGGACGCAAAUAUACGUGUUGUUGUCGGCCUCGAUAUUGAAUAUGGCAAGAAAGGGUCACGUAGGGCGGCGGUAUCGACGCGGCGAACCCACCCGGUCCAUACCGCCGACGGAGAUGAACUACAAGUAGUUCAAGAGGCUACCGACGAGAUGUUUCGUGACGAGCAAGGAAUCGCUACCGAUUAUCCAGGCUUACAGCCGAACCUCAGCGAUUUCGCCCAUAAAGGACUUGUGCACGAAGAGAUGGGAGACCUUGAUCAAGAACUGAUCAUAUCUGCUCGACAGCUUUGCGAAUUCCUCGAUGCAACAGAGGUAAAAGUGCGCCAGAAGGGAUCGCUUGGCAAGGAUCCAUUGCCCGCAGGUGUUAAGAAGAGGAAGCGGUCAGAAACCCCUCCGGAAGAGAUUGUUUCUGCCGAUAAAGCGAGAUAUGUUGAGGAAGAGGUGAGAACGGCAAAGCGUAUAGCAGAGGGUGAUUCCGACUAUGAGGAUGAUUCAGUAGAAAGCUCGUUAGAGUAAGCAUAACAAUGACCAAGUGUUGAC